AUGCCUGUUGUCGCUACGAAGAUUGCAACAACGAUAUCAAUUGGAAUCAGAGGUGCACAGAUUUUGUUUGCACUUUUGAUGGUGAUAUUGGCUUCUGUUAGUAUCUCUAAACUUAAUAAAACCAAGUACACUAGCAAUCCUGUGGCUUAUUCUACCAUAAGUCUAGUAUGUGGAUGCUGGGGAGUGGUAUACUAUGUAGCCAUGUUGACACCUGCAGUGGUUAUCUUUAAUCCGAUAGUUGUUUUAGUAUUCGAAAGUAUGUCGCUGGUUUUAUGGUUGUUUACUGUGGCAGGCAUUGGAAACACCUACGGGCAUCUCGUUUGCCCCGCUCAAAAAAAUCUAGAGAAAACUUUCUUCGUUUUUUCUCAGAAGGACCAUUUUGACAAUAUUACAUCUGCUUGCAAGAUCGGUAAAGGAAUGAUCGGGGUCGGUUUGACUGCAUGCUUUCUUUCCAUUUUCCUGUUGGUGUUGGUGAGCUGCUAUUUAGUUGUUCCCGCAGCCAAAGUAAAUGCUAUUGGGGAACCCAAAUGGGUAAGUGUGGGUGGAAUCUUCCCCAAAUAUGCGAAGAACACUACUGUUCCCAAGGCUGAAAGAACCCGUUCGUACAAUAUUACAGGUCUAUUUAUUGCCAUUCGAAGUGUUCAGAUUUUGCUAUCAUUAUUGAUCUUAGCUUUGGCUGCAGUAAACAUUCUCAGUGCAAAGAGCCUCGAUCAAUACGGUCCAACAUUUGUUUACCCAUCUGUUGGCGUAGCGUGUGGUUCCUUAGGGGUAAUCUACUAUGUACCAUUAGUCACACCCAUAGUGGGUAUUUUGAAUCCAAUUUCAGUAUUGAUAUUUGAAUGCGUGUUGCUUUUUUUUUGGCUAUUUACUGUUGGAUGUGCGGGAUACAUUUAUGGACCCUUGACAUGUGCUCUGAAUACUGUUUACUAUGUUGUUUACGACAAGGGAUACUCUUAUUGGUAUGAGUCCGAAGACUACUACGUUAAAACUGCCUGUACGACUGGAAAGGGAAUUAUUUGGGUGGGUGUGAUUGGAUUUCUUUUCUCUGUCAACCUGUUAGUGUUGGUAAUUGUCUAUUCCAUAGCUCCUGCUGUGAAAGUUAAUGCUGUUGGUGCACGCAAGUGGUUUGCAUUAGGUGGCAUUUCCUCAAAGUACAAUAUUGCUGAGUUAAUACGCCUUGAAGCAGUGGGAACUGGUCCUCAUUGUAAAGUUGUAACAUGGAUAUCUGUUGCGAUAAGAAGCACUCAGAUUUUGAUUUCACUUUCAAUUGUGGUUUUGGCUUCUAUUAGUAUUUUCAAACUCAAACACAUUCAUUUUGGUGAAUCCUCAGUUGCUUAUUCAGUACUUGGGCUUGCGUGUGGGGCUUUAGGAGUACUAUACUAUGUACCCAUAAUGACUCCAGCAGUGAGCAUAUUCAAUCCAAUAAUGGUGAUUAUAUUCGAAAGCAUGUUGCUCGUUUUUUGGUUAAUUGCUCUUGGAUUCCUUAGUAACUUUUAUGGACCCUUGGUUUGCUUCCCGCUUUUUCUCGGGGAGAGUCAUCCUGAGCUACAAAGUUAUAGUCUGGCCUGUAAGAUCGGGAAAGGAAUUAGUGGGGUGAGUGGGCUUGGAAUGUUUCUCUCCUUUGCUCUGUUAAUUUUGGUGAUUAUCUUUUCCGCAGUUCCUGCUGUCCAAAAAAGCGCCUCUGGGUCACGCAAAUGGUUCUCUUUGGGAGCGAUCUUCCCCCAGCACUAUAUUUCUGGGUUAGAUGAUCAUGAAGUUGAUGGACAACAUACAUACGAGAUGCAGCCAAUUUACUAG